UAAGCGAACAGCAGGAAUCAGUUGCCUUGGGGGAGCAUAUAUACCGGGAGUAAAUUCAGAAUAUGGACGAUUCAACUAUUCUGCGAAGGAGGGGGUUACAGAAAGAAUUGAGCCUUCCUAGAAGAGGAAGCUUCUGCCGGACCAGUAACCGCAAGAGUCUGAUCGUAACGUCCAGCACAUCACCGACGUUGCCUCGGCCACAUUCGCCUCUCCAUGGACACCCAGGUAGCAGUCCUCUGGACAGCCCCCGAAACUUCUCUCCAAAUGCACCUGCUCACUUUUCCUUUGUCCCUGCCCGCAGCCAUGGACACAGAGCAGACAGGACGGAUGGACGUCGCUGGUCCCUGGCAUCUUUGCCUUCCUCGGGCUACGGGACCAACACUCCCAGUUCGACGGUUUCAUCGUCAUGCUCAUCCCAGGAGAAGCUGCAUCAGCUGCCCUUCCAGCCAACGGCCGACGAACUGCACUUCCUGACAAAGCACUUCAGCACCGAGAGCAUCACCGACGAAGAGGGGCGACAGUCUCCAGCCAUGAGGCCCCGAUCCCGCAGUCUCAGCCCUGGCCGCUCCCCAAUUUCCUUUGACAGUGAAAUCAUAAUGAUGAAUCAUGUGUACAAAGAAAGAUUUCCCAAGGCCACCGCACAGAUGGAGGAGCGGCUGGCUGAGUUUAUUGCCUCCAAUGCUCCAGAGAACGUGUUGCCGCUAGCAGAUGGAGCCCUGAGUUUUAUUCAUCACCAGGUUAUUGAGAUGGCCAGAGACUGCCUAGACAAAUCCCGGGACGGACUUAUCACUUCACGGUACUUCUACGAACUGCAGGAGAAUUUGGAGAAACUCCUGCAUGAUGCCCACGAGAGAUCCGAGAGCUCCGAGGUGGCUUUUGUCACCCAGCUGGUGAAGAAGCUGAUGAUCAUCAUCGCGCGCCCAGCACGACUGCUGGAGUGCCUGGAAUUUGAUCCCGAGGAAUUCUACCAUCUGUUGGAAGCUGCCGAAGGCCAUGCAAAGGAAGGGCAAGGCAUCAAAUGUGACAUUCCGCGCUACAUCAUCAGUCAGCUGGGCCUCACCAGGGAUCCCCUGGAGGAAAUGGCCCAGUUGAAUAGCUAUGACAGUCCAGACACUCCAGAGACAGACGACUCAGUUGAGAAUCGGGGAGCCACCGUGCAGUCAAAGAAAACACCCUCUGAAGAGGAGUUCGAAACUAUCAAGCUCAUCAGCAAUGGGGCUUAUGGAGCCGUGUUUCUGGUGCGGCACAAGUCGACUCGCCAGCGCUUUGCCAUGAAGAAGAUCAACAAACAGAACCUGAUUCUGAGGAAUCAGAUCCAGCAGGCGUUUGUAGAGAGAGACAUCCUCACCUUCGCCGAGAAUCCCUUUGUGGUCAGCAUGUUCUGCUCUUUUGAGACCAGGCGUCACCUGUGUAUGGUGAUGGAGUAUGUGGAAGGUGGAGACUGCGCCACUCUACUGAAGAACAUCGGCGCCCUGCCCGUGGACAUGGCCAGGAUGUAUUUUGCCGAGACGGUCCUUGCCCUGGAGUACCUGCACAACUACGGCAUUGUCCAUCGGGACCUGAAGCCUGACAACCUCCUGAUAACCUCCAUGGGUCACAUCAAACUCACAGACUUUGGACUUUCCAAAAUAGGACUCAUGAGUCUCACGACAAAUCUGUACGAGGGCCAUAUCGAGAAAGAUGCCAGAGAAUUCCUGGAUAAGCAGGUCUGUGGGACUCCAGAAUACAUUGCUCCAGAAGUAAUCUUGAGACAAGGCUACGGCAAGCCAGUGGACUGGUGGGCCAUGGGGAUUAUCCUAUAUGAGUUUCUGGUGGGUUGUGUUCCGUUCUUCGGGGACACACCAGAAGAGCUGUUUGGACAGGUAAUCAGUGAUGAAAUUGCUUGGCCGGAGGGUGAUGAUGCCUUGCCUCCCGACGCCCAGGACCUCACAUCCAAACUUCUCCACCAAAACCCUCUGGAAAGGCUGGGAACAGGCAGCGCAUUUGAGGUGAAACAGCACCGGUUCUUUAAAGAUUUGGACUGGACCGGGUUACUCCGCCAAAAAGCCGAGUUCAUCCCCCAGCUGGAAUCCGAGGACGACACCAGCUACUUUGACACCCGGUCGGAAAGAUACCACCACCUGGAUUCGGAAGAGGAGGAGGACACAAACGACGACGAUCGUGUGGAAAUCCGGCAGUUCUCUUCUUGCUCGCCAAGGUUCAGUAAGGUUUAUAGCAGCAUGGAGCGGCUCUCCCUCCACGAAGAAAGGAAAACCCCACCGCCCACCAAGCGGAGUCUGAGCGAAGAAAAAGAAGAUAAACUGGACGGCCUCUGUGGCCUGAAGAGUCGGGACCGGAGCUGGGCGAUUGGGUCUCCAGAAAUAUUACGCAAGCGGCUCUCGGUGUCAGAGUCCUCACACACGGAGAGCGACUCGAGCCCGCCGCUGACGGUCCGGCGCCGCUGCUCGGGCCUGCUGGACAUGCCCCGCUUCGCCAUCUCGACCGAAGAUGACGGCGGCGGUGCCCAGCGGAAGCAGCAACUGCACCAGCCGGAGGGGACGUUGCUGGCGGUGGCCCAGGCCCGGGAAGGGGUGCCCUUGCCCAUCCUGGAGCGGCCAGCGGAGCGGGAGCUGAAACGAGAUGAGGAUUCGGGAUUGGCCAGCGGCCCGGUCACGCCAGCCGGGAGCAGCGCCGACCUGUCCGACCAGCGGGCCCGCGGCAACAGCAGCGAGGCGUCCGACGGCUGCGCUCCCAAGGCCAUCAGCGACCUGGCGGUCCGCCGCGCUCGCCACCGGCUGCUCUCCGGGGAGGCGGGAGAGAAACGCACCUCCAGGCCCCUCAACAAAGUCAUUAAGUCGGCGUCGGCCACUGCCCUCUCCCUCCUCAUCCCCUCCGAUCAUCACUCCUGUUCACCGCUGGCCAGCCCGAUGUCGCCGCACUCCCAGUCCUCAAACCCAUCUUCCCGGGACUCGUCUCCGAGCAGGGACUUCUCGCCCGCCGUCACCAACCCCAAGCCCCCGAUCGUCAUCCACCGCGCCGGGAAGAAGUACGGCUUCACCCUCCGAGCCAUCCGCGUGUAUAUGGGGGACACCGACGUGUACACGGUGCAGCACAUGGUCUGGCACGUGGAAGAAGGCGGACCCGCCAGCGAAGCGGGGCUGCGGGAAGGGGACCUCAUCACCCACGUGAACGGGGAGCCGGUCCACGGCUUGGUGCACACCGAAGUGGUGGAGUCCAUCCUGAAGAGCGGAAACAAAGUUUCCAUCUCCACAACGCCCUUUGAGAACACCUCGAUCAAAGUUGGCCCAGCUCGAAAAGCCAGCUACAAAUCCAAGAUGGCACGCCGGAAUAAGAAAAGCAAAACGAGAGACGGGCAGGAGAGCAAGAAGAAAAACUCGCUGCUACGUAAGAUCACCAAGCAGGCGUCCUUGCUGCAGACAAGUCGCAGCCUGUCCUCCCUCAACCGCUCACUGUCCUCCGGCGAGAGCGUGCCUGGGUCCCCGACGCACAACCUGUCUCCUCGCUCGCCCACCCAGAGCUACAGAUCCACCCCGGAGUCUGGGCACUCAGUGGGCGGAACGUCUUCUCAGAGCAGCUCCCCCAGCUCCAGUGUCCCCAACUCUCCGGCCAGCUCUGGGCACAUCCGCCCGUGCUCUCUGCACGGCCUGGCCCCCAAACUCCAGAGGCAGUACCGCUCUCCGAGGCGCAAGUCUGCCGGCAACAUCCCCCUGUCCCCGCUGGCGCACACUCCGUCCCCGACCCCCCAGUCCACAUCCCCCCAGCGCUCACCAUCCCCGCUGCCUUGUCACUCGGUGCAGUCCUUCCCGGGGAAGUUGCACUCCUCCCCGCCCCUGGUGCGGCAGAUCUCCAGGCCCAAGAGCGCCGAGCCGCCACGGUCGCCCCUCCUCAAGAGGGUCCAGUCGGCCGAGAAGCUGACCUCCUCCCUGUCCUCGUCGGAGAAGAAGCUGGCUGCCUCUCGCAAGCACAGCCUGGACAUCUCCCACUCGGAGUUCAAGAAGGAGAUGCUGCAGAGGGACCCCGGGCUACAGAGCCUGCAGGAGGCCAUAAACGAGACGGCGGCGGGGAAGGCGGGCCUGGCGGAGAAGGGCGCCCUGCAGAAGCCGCCCUCCCGGAAGCUGGGCGCCAUCCGGCAAGACAGGGUUGACAGGAGGGAGUCCCUGCAGAAGCAGGAGGCCAUCCGGGAAGUGGACUCUUCCGAGGACGAGACGGACGACGGCUCCGAAGACAGCCAGGAAGGAAGGAGGCCGGACCGGCCUUCCCUCGGAGCCGAGGCGGGGCCGGACGCCUUGGGCGGCGGGCGGCCCGGAGCCCCGUUGGAAAGCAAGAGGAGUGGGGAAGAUGAUGCCUUCCUCCCGGAGGGGCCCCGAGACACAAGAGGCCCCCCAAGAUGCCUCGCGGGCAGGGCCGGGAAUCUCGCCAGGACACCCGGGCAAGCCCACAGCAGGUUUGGAGGGAGUGGCCGGGGAAGACCACGAGCUGCCAGGCGAUCUGCCCCCCGAGCUCUGCGGUCCAGGGGGGAGCCCCGAGGGUCCCGGUGCGGCAGGGCGAGCGGCCAGCCCAACGGAGAAAAUCCCUCGUGGGACCCAGGCAGGGAGCCGGGCGGGCUCCCACCACAGCAGGGCGAGCCCAGAGGAGCCAGGGCCCCCCGGGGCCAACCAGAAACCGUGGCCCGAUCCUGGCCCGACCCCUUGGCUGGCAGGCCCCCUGGGUUCUCCGGCUCCCGACCCCCUGCGGGGACUCCCACCCUCGGAGACGGGCCGGCAGCCCCACGGUCCGCCGCCACAGGGCCGGCCGAGCGUGCGAGAUGACGGGCCUGCUGGGGCUCCCGGGCCCGAUGCUCCGGAGGCUCCGGCAUUGGCUCCAGGCGUGCUGGAGAGCAAGAGGCAACUGGACGC